CUGACGUCAGAUGUGUGAACAACAAACGCUUGUUGGACUUUACGAGCUAGCCUGCCGCCUACCUGCGAAUGAUCGCGUUAGACAAAAAUACGUCCAACUUACUGUACUUUCCGCGGACUUGUCCGCCUACUGGAUACAUACCUCCUAAAAAAAAACGAAUGAUAAUCCGGACCGAGACCGCCAGUGCUGUUCGACGAGCUGGGAUGUGAGCCGAUUGUUGCGGCGCGACACCCGAAGUGAGACGACCACAACGAUUACUUUCCAUGCGUCCUAAAUAAUGCACUUCGAGGUCCUACGUGACACGGCAGGUAUGCGAGGAUGCCUGGGCCUAGGUGUCAUUGCGGGGCAUCGACUGUAGCACGCUAGCUAACAGCAGGGCAACUCGCCGAGUUCCAAAUGAAUAAGAUCGUCACUGUAAAAAAAUAAGAAGAAAAAGAUAAAAGACCACUCUGCUAAUGUACCGGAGACGCCCAGACUGACUGACUGACUGGCUGGCUGGUAGUCCUUUAUUAACUGCUGUCAACCUCCAUCCAUUGUCAUUUAGUGGCAGAAAGUUGCCUCCGAACUGCGAUUGCAAUUUCACAUGUCACACAGGCAUCUUCUAGUGUGCUAUUGAUGAUCUCUACACUCGCACUCUAAUUCAAAAAACAAUCAUCAAAGUGUCCACUUGAGAAUUUUGCAGCCUGUUAACGAUAUCCCUGUCAAUUUGCCGGUCGAGGCUGUUUACUAAGAGCGAAAGACUUUUGCGUUGGACUGGACAUGAAAACGUGAAUAUAGGAGAGCAGCGUCUCGAUUUGUGCAAUAUCAAGACCAAAACGAGCAUGGACGAUGGUCAUCGUAACACUACCUUCUGCACGGACGGAGUCUGCAUCUCUGAGCUGAUCGGUGAUACCGAUAGGCAAACAGUGCUCCCCGUUGAAACCAUGCCUCAGCUCACUGACAACCUUCUGGUGGCCAAGGGGGACAACCACCAAGUUAAGGACACACUGGAAAUUGAUGAGGUCAAUGGGAAUAGACAGAGCAGUGGCCACACUCGGUCACCGAACCCGACUGACUCAUUCUUCCCAAGCAAUGGGGACCACAAGGACAACGGUGCUGUCGAUAAAAUGAAGGACCCAAAGGACGUCGAACCCCUUCAGUUAAAUGACCCGGUAGAAGAAGACGAUGGCGGUGAGAUGGACAUGGGUGUGGACCUGAGCUUGGACGAGAGCGGCGUGCUGGAAGCCGAGACAACUGUUCCGUUGCAGUCAGGUGGUAUUUCAGACCCCUCGAGGCAAGUUGUCCUGGCUGACAGCGAGGCAGAUAGCCAGUCAAACGCACGCCUUACAGGCGAGCCAACUGGCACGGACCAUGCUGUGCUGUAUCCCACAGUGGAGGAAGAGGAUGAUAAACACAAGCUAAGUGGCAAGAGGGUGACGUUUCCCUCAGAUGACGACAUUGUUUCUGGAGCAGUGGAACCGAAGGACCCCUGGAGACAUGCUCAGAAUGUGACAGUGGACGACAUCCUGUCUUCGUAUAAACAGGCCUGUCACAAGCUCAACUGUAAGCCCAUUCCCAAAGUGCUCAAACAGAUUCAGGAACUUAAAGACCUGACCCAGCGAAAUGAAUGCUUGGAUCUAAAAGGUGAAAAAUUGGACUACAAGGCUUGCGAGUCCCUGGAAGAAGUUUUAAAGAGAGUCCAGUUUAAAGUGAUAGACCUGGAGCAGACCAACUUAGAUGAAGAUGGCGCCUCGGCUCUGUUUGACAUGAUCGAGUACUACGAGUCAGCCACACACCUCAACAUCUCCUUCAACAAGCACAUCGGCACGCGGGGAUGGCAAGCCGCCGCUCACAUGAUGAGGAAGACAAGCUCUCUGCAGUAUCUGGAUGCAAGAAACACGCCACUACUGGACCACUCGGCUCCCUUUGUGGCUCGAGCGCUCAGGAUCAGCGGCAGCCUGGCGGUCCUGCACCUGGAGAAUGCCGGCUUGUCCGGCAGACCGCUCAUGUUGCUGGCAACGGCUCUGAAGAUGAACAUGAACCUGCGGGAGUUGUACCUUGCCGACAACAAGCUCAACGGCCUGCAGGAUUCAGCCCAGCUCGGCAACCUGCUCAAGUUCAACUACAACAUCCAAAUUCUGGACCUGCGCAACAACCACAUCCUGGACUCAGGUUUGGCCUAUGUGUGUGAAGGACUAAAAGAGCAGAGGAAAGGCCUCGUCACAUUGGUGCUAUGGAACAACCAGCUGACACACAAUGGCAUGGGCUACCUUGCUGCUGCACUGCCUUGCACCCAGAGUCUGGAGACACUGAACCUUGGUCAUAACUCAGUGGGCAAUGAAGGCAUCCACAAGCUGAAAGAUGGACUGAUCGCCAAUCGCUCUGUGCUCAGACUGGGCCUCGCCUCCACUAAACUGUCCUGUGAAGGGGCGGUAGCGGUGGCCGAAUUUAUCGCCGAGAGCCCGAGGUUGCUGCGUCUGGAUCUGCGAGAAAAUGAGAUCAAGACAGGUGGACUGAUGGCGCUGUCGCUCGCCUUGAAAGUCAACACCUCUCUGCUGCGCCUCGACCUAGACCGGGAGCCCAAGAAAGAAACUGUGAAGAGUUUCAUUGAGACCCAGCGUGCCUUGCUGGCUGAAAUCCAGAACGGCUGCAAGAGGAACUUCAUCCUGGCCAAGGAGAGGGAGGAAACGGAGCAAAUGAUGAGGCAGUCGGCAUCCAUGGCCGAAAUUGCCACCGAAGACGGAACAAGAGAAGAAGAAGGGGAGGAAAGCAAUGACCGGAAACGAGGGGAUCAAACAGGAAGCGAAGGACAGCCGAGCAGCGAGGCGAAGGCAAGCACCGAGGUGAGUGUUUCUCCGUUGAACCUGGACUCUGACUCCGACACUGAAGAUGAGGAGGAAGUCAUCACGAAGGCCUCGUCAGAGUCAAACACGCUUCAAAGUCCGACUCCCACUCAAACUGAAGUGGUUGCACCCACGUUGAGUCCCUCACAAGCAUCCCCGCCGCCCUCAACGAACAUCAUUUCAGGAAUCACCGUUACCGACAGCCCGGUUUCUCCAGGCACGCCUCCCUCUCCGGGCCGCUGCAUAUCCGUCUCCAGUCCCGGGCGGGGUCACAAGAUCUUCAUGGUGACUCGGGUGGAGAGUCCACCAGAGGCUCAGAUGGGCGCAGGCCACACCCAGGAGCCAUUGAAGGAGACUUCAGAAACCGACGCAGCCUCAGCCAAGCAAAUGCAGCCGACGCACGAAAACUUACACGGCACCACGCCGAAGCGCACGCAAGAGCCCAGCCGCGACCACGAUGUCAUUGGCACCACUUUAGAGCCGCCACCGACAAGUCAACAAUCACCAGCCUCGAAUUUAAGCCUUUCGUCUGCUCAGCCUGCAGCCCUCAAACCAGAGAGCCCCGAUGAGGAACUGAAAGAAGCUCUUCUAGUGGAGGAGAGUAGAGCGGCGACGCCGGAAGCCACAAGUGGCGACUCCGAAGAGGAAAUCCAGACCUCAGCAUCCACGCAGGACCAACUAACGCAAGGCUCCGAACAUCAUGACGACACAAAAGACGUGAACGCCAGCUCCUUGACUGUGACUACAAACGACAGCCACAGUCUAAAACUGGAUGGGGAACAUCAUCAAACUGAGCUAGAUGAACAGGAAGUAGCACAGCCCGUCCCCUCCGACCAACCGACAUCCGUCACUGCCGUCCAACCUGAACCGGAGGACUCCGCCGAUGAGAGCUCCGCCGACGAGGGCGAGCCGGAGGUCGCCAGUUCACUUUUGCCCAACGGCGUGAAGCCCGAAUUCUCUCUCCACCUCCUCGACACGGACAGCCCCAAACCUGGCAGCUGUGUCAUGGAACACGUGAGUGUGAGCUGCACACAAGACCUGGAGGAGCUCCUUCUGGAAGCCAGUUUGGACACCGGCAGAGAUGCACCAUGAAAAAAGGUUUGACAGGUGAAACUCAGCAUUUAAAGCGGGAUACACACACAGUGGUUUCUAGGGGCCGCCAAACACGACUGAACUUGACCGUAUUGGAAAAAAAUUAGAUUAACCGGAUGGCUGAUUUAAUUGGCUGAUAUUAGCCAUUUUAAACUUGGCAAAAAUGGGCUGAUUUUUUUUUUUUUGCACAAUAACGUAAUACAACAAUAAUAAUGACAUUCAAACAUUCAUUACCCCUCCCCCCCAAAAAAAUCACAAAUGAAAACACUGCUAAGGAGCAUGGAGCAGAUACUCACACAGAAUUAAUUGCAUGGUAACUGGCCAUUCUGACUGACUCCAACUUCUGACCUCAUUCACCAGGCAACACCCCGUAAAGGCACACCAGUACUGCGGUUGUAUAGUAAUGAGAAGGGCCAGGAUGAUAUUAGCUCUUUUUUAAAUCGGCAAAUAUCGGACUAUUUAUGCUGUUUUUUUUUUUUUUAAUGUAUUUUAUUUUUUUUACCCAUUAGCAAAUUAUGACAUAAUACAAAGAUCAUGACAUUCAAACAUUCGCCCUAGUCCCACCCCUGAAAUUUGGAUAAUUAUUGCCGAUUUUUCUCUGUUCUAAAGCUGAACAUACUGCAGGACAAAAUUUUGUAAAACAAUACACUGUUCUGCCUGCAAUGUAUAUCUUUUUUGUUGUGAGCUCAAAUAGAUCAAAAAGUUAUUUUAUUCAUGAUAUACUUUUUUUAAUUGUCAACGUUACCGGUUAUCCAAAUAUUAUCCAGCCAAAUAUCGAAAUUGGCAGGGGCUUCAAAAAAAUCCAUUUCGCUUUGCUGCACACCAAACAUUUACCGGCACGCUGCUAUGGAACAACUGUGAUGCCGUCUCAGGUUUUGAGGCUCAAUCCAAAUGGGAUGAAAAUGCCCAAGCGCUGCAGUCCUACCAAUAUGUCAACAUUUCAGGUUCUAACACUACUUUUCACCACAGCUUCCAUUCCACAAAGUGUUCUCAGCUAACUUCCUGUCUUCCGCAGGUCCUGUGAGGACAGGAGAGAAUCCAGAACUAGUUCUCUGACCUUAGCAAAUCCAGGCAUCUCUUCCAAAGGACGCAAGAGUCAAAAACGCUCAAAUGUUCGCAACGAGUUCUGCUAAUUAUCGAAGGACACGAACACACACACACACACACACAAAUAAUGAAAAAAAUAAAUAAAUAAACGUGACGUCACUACAACCACUGAAGCGUGUGUGCAAGGGGAACAAAGACCAAGUAACCAUGCUGUCAUCACAUUCUUUUUUGCAAUUCUUUCCAUGGCAACAAGGACGGACGGGAGCAAGAAGAAAAACACUAACCAAAGACCAAUCGGGUGUGCAUGUGUGCGCGCGUGUGCGGGUGCCAUCAGGAAAGCUUUCAGUGCUAGCUCGGGCAACACACAAAUAAUAACAAUUGUGGACCCUGCUGAGCACACCUCCCGGCUUUAAUGUCACAGCACUGCAUUCAGUGACCAUCAAGGGGUCUUAUUUUUUGUCCUUCUCAUCCUUGUUCCGAGUUUCAAGGGACCUGCGCCAAAGUGAUCCCGCCUUCCGGUUUUCGUCUUGUCUGGUUGUCACUUUGGCCCCUCAGGAAUCAACACAAACCAAACCUGAAGCCACAACCCCCAGUGCUUGCUUUUCAGGUUGCUCAAAUCAAUAAAUCAUCUCCUCUUCCUCCUUUUCUUCACCCAUUUCACGUUUUUUUUCCUCUUUUUUUUGGAGGGGGGGUGCACCUUUGACAAAUCAUUUGUAUUUAUUUGAUGAGUUUUGGGAUUUAUCCAGCCCCCACUCCUUGAUUUGUUUUAAAACCCCACCCUGUAUUGGAUUUAUAUAUUUCAAUUAGAGGAAUGCGGGGGGGGGGGCAAGUUUGGUGUGCUUGACUUGUUCAGUAGCAGUCGGGGUGCAUUCCUGACAAAGCAAAUCAAGUAACCCGGAAGCAACAUGUCACGUGGUGCCGUUGACGCCAAAUGGCCGCCAGAGGGCACCGCUGCAACACGCUGCUGCUCGCCAAGUCACAUGACUCCACCAAGCAAGACGCUUCUCGUUUUGCAUCCCCACUGUUUGUAAAUGCUUUAAUUUUUAGACCUUUUUAAUAAAUUGUUAACUUAAUUCAGAACUGUGCUGGUAAUCACAAAGAUAUGUACGGCGAAAUUUGUUCCACUCAAAUAAAUGCAUGUAAUGACUCUA